GACUAUCAGUAAAUGACUGUAUUAGGGGAAGUGAAACACUGGAAAAAGCAGAAGUCCAGUAACAUCAUUUAAAUGUGAUGCACAGUCUCAUAAGACAGCGAACAACCCCAUCUAUAGCAGACGGAAAAAUGAAGCUGUCGGGCUGGUGGCUGCUGUCUGUUUAUAUCACGUGUUUCCAGCCGUCUCUCAUUCUGGCCAUUAAGCGGACGGUACUGAAUUACUCAUCUCAGAACCUGUCCUCGGUUCCCCCCGAUCUCAAACCGUCAACGGAGGACUUGGAUCUGUCUAUGAAUCGCAUACAGACACUGACCUCCAAAGACUUCAUUACAACACCAAGACUUCACUUCCUCAAUCUGUCCUGGAAUAUACUGGAGAACAUAAACAUUGACACAUUUAACUACACGCCGGUUUUGGAGAUCUUGGAUUUGUCGCACAACAGACUCCAGAACCUCUCGGACCAACUGUACCUGCUUAAAGCAGGACGCUUGCAGCUUUUAGAUUUAUCGUCCAACUUGUUUUCCAUCAUGGCGCUAGGAAAGGAAUUUUCCACCUUGAAACGCCUGCAAUGGUUGGGCCUGAGCGCCAAAUCAAUCAGCAACCAAGACUUCAGUUACAUUGCCAAUAUUACCCUUAAAACGCUCUUUAUUAAUGCACAAGGUCUACACGCAUAUGAGAAGAACAGUCUCACAGAAGUACGCUCUGAGAAAGCCAUCAUCGCCUUGUCUAAAAGCGACCUUGACAUCAGAAUCGCAACUGAUGUUUUUGCGGCCUUUGAAGAAGUCGAGUUCACUUUGGUGGACAGCGAGAUGAAGGUCAUCCAGCAGAUGCACCGCAGAGGAAUCCUACGCACCGUUAGCUUGGAAAUCUCCAAAGUGAAAACCACUUGGAAAGUUCUAACAAGCUGCGUAAACACAGUAUUGCAGUCUACAAUUCGACAGCUCUCUUUUUCGGACCUUACGAUGACAAAAAUGGAAGGCGGCAUGCCGUUGUCGACGAGCCGCAUGCUGGACUCUUUCUCUACAACUAGAGCAUCCGUAACCGUAUUCAUCUUCAAUCAGAUGGAGCUCUAUGACUUCUUCAUAAACAUGCCUGCAAGAAACGUCAGUUGUACCCAAACCCCAAUCAUCUUCAUGACCUGUCCUUUGACUGUUAGCAUGAUCGAGGGGUUGGACUUGUCCAAUUGCGCUCUUACGGAAAGCGUCUUCUCGGUUGAUCCGGAUACUGAAUGUGGUACACUAACAAACCUGGUAAAGCUGGUUCUGAGGGGCAACAACAUGAAACUCCUUAGACCGCUGACCUCAAGAUUCCAUCUCAUGAAUUCUCUUCAAUACGUCGACCUCAGUCUGAACACACUCACAUAUUCAGAAGAACAAGGUGAGUGUGUUUGGCCUCCCAAAGUUGUCCACGUGGAUUUGUCAUCGAAUGGGUUCGACCAGAGCGUCUUCAAGUGCUUGCCCGAAUCAAUACGGAUCCUAAACCUUCGGAAUAACCGAGUGACCUCAGUUCCGUCAGAUCUUCGGGUUUUGGAUGAAUUGAGGGUCCUUGACCUUACGGACAACCGUCUUUUAGACCUUCCCACCUGUCAAGGGUUCCCAAACCUGCAGAAACUCUCUGCAAGAUCCAACUCAAUUCACUUGCCUUUACCGGAAGCCCUUAAGACCUGUCCGCUUGUUAAAGAUCUGGACUUGAGUCGCAACCCUUUCAUCUGCACCUGUGCUUUGCGUGAAUUCACCGCUCUCAUUAAAGACCGAGCAACACGACCGAAAGGAGAAACCCUUGGUUUGACUCUUGGACACUGGCCGGAAGGAUACCGGUGCAGUUACCCAGAAUCCUGGAGCAACUCCUUACUAGAAGACUUCUACCUACCUGAGAUCUCCUGCAAUGCUUGGAUCCUGGCUAUUACUAUUCUGAUCCCGACGAUCACUUUAAUAGUCACCGUUAGCCUUCUUUGCAACCGCCUGGAUGGGCCGUGGUACCUCAAGAUGAUCUGGAAAUGGACACGAGCCAAGCACAAUGCAAUGACUUCCCGAGGGAAAUCGGAAGACUUGGAAGGGUUGCGUUUCCAUGCAUUCGUCUCGUACAGCCAAAAGAAUGCAGACUGGGUCAAAUCUCAGUUUCUUCCCAAGCUCGAAGGCGACUGCAGCUUGCGAGUGUGUCACCACGAGCGCGACUUCAUCCCGGGAAAGACGAUCGUCCAGAACAUCCUCCGAUGCAUCGAGCAGAGCCGAAGGUGUGUCUUUGUCCUCUCCUCUCACUUCGUCCAGAGCGAAUGGUGCCACUACGAGCUCUACUUCGCCAAUCACCAGCGGGUGACGCGAGGGAUGGACAGCAUCAUCCUCAUUCUGCUGGAGCCUCUGCCGUUGUAUCUCAUUCCCUCCAAAUACUACCAGCUCAAGUCUAUGAUGUCGAGGCGCACCUAUCUGGAGUGGCCACUGGAGGGAGCCAAGCAGAAACUCUUCUGGGCAAAUCUUAGAGCAGCUCUGCAGGCCGACCUUCCCAGUCCAUCGGAGAGAGAAGAACAGUGAUUAGAAGAAUUCUCACUAAUUAUUAAGAGAUUAUAUAAGAGAUUGUUGAGCAGAUAAGCAAUCAAAAAACUUUAGCAAACAUAUUCAAGAGCCUAAAAGUGAUGUAAAACUAUUCGAAAUAAGAGAAAACCUAAAAUUAAGAUAUUUACGUACCUGGAAAUAGAGUUUAUAUAUGUAUAUGCAUGUAUAUUAAUGCAAGGCCAGCUUCAUGUGGCAAUUUCAUCCUAGGGCAGUCAAAUGAUUAAUCUCAAUUAUCACAUCCAAAAUAGAUUUUUGCUUACAUUUAAAAAGUGUACCUUGUAUAUUAUGUAUAUUACAUAUGUACAUAUUACAUUUAUAAUUCCUAUUCAUGUGUACAUUUCAUUAUGCAAAAAUUAUUAAUUUGUUGCAAAAUUCCAUGAUGCACAUAAUCAUUUUAAUAUUUAAAAGAAUAUUUUUCAAGCUCUAAAACAUGUAUUGGUAGAAUUUGCGAGUAAAAAAUUUAAUCAAAUUAAAUCUAAAAUCGUAAAAAAAAGAAAGAAAAAAAGCAUGCAUGUGCAUUGCUUAAAGUCUGGGACAUUUAGAGAGCUGCUGCUUUAAAGUUAUUAAUUACAAAGAUUAGCAAUGCAUGCAAAAGUACCUUGAA